CGGGGUUCCGGCGCGGCGCCACUUCCCGGCAGCCCCCGCUGUGCUCCGUCUCUUCCGGCCCGGCGGCGACGGCGGCGGCGAAGCGGCUCCGGUGCGACCAUGGCCAAGUCCAAGAACCACACCACGCACAACCAGUCCCGCAAGUGGCACAGAAAUGGCAUCAAGAAACCCAGGUCCCAUCGAUAUGAAUCUCUCAAAGGGGUUGAUCCCAAGUUUCUGAGGAACAUGAGAUUUGCAAAGAAACACAACAAGAAGGGGUUGAAGAAGAUGCAGGCCAACAAUGCCAAGCAGGCAGCUCAGCAGGCUGCUCAGCAGAAAAAGGACUAAUGGGAUUUAAUUAAAAGAACCAAUUUUCCUAUUAGCAAGUGUGUUACAGCAUUUUUUAAAAAUAAAAUUGUAUGUAACAAA